AUGUCCCGCAGCGUGCAUAAACUGUCUGUGUCCUUCCGUUAUAAUUAUACUUGUCCAGAUUUCUUCUUUCUUAGUUCCUCCUUGGAGCAACUCCACAUGAAUUGCGCUAUUAUGAUAUGCACUCCAGUGUCUUGGAAAUCCCUAAGAAAUUUGACAUUGAAUUCAUGCAAGCUCUCUGAUGAUAAAGCUGUUGCUAAUAUUCUCUCUGGCUGUCCAGUUCUUGAAAAUUUGGAAUUGUUUUACUGUCUUGCUUUACCUCAGCGUCUUGAUCUGAGUAAAUCAUUAAACCUGAGGAGAUUGGAGAUUAGGUGGAGUUGCCGAAGUUCAUAUCCAUUAGAGAUUAUAGCUCCGCAGAUCCGUUAUUUGAAAGUGAUAGUCCUUGAGGAACCAUGUACUUUAGUUGAUGUCUCCUCUGUGACAGAAGCUAAUCUUGAAAUUUGCAUCCAAAAACUUUUUUUCACGGUGGCUGAUUUUGUUCAAAUCAGGGUGCUAAAGAUGCUAGAAAAGUUACAAAAUGUAGAGAGGCUUACUUUUGGGAGAACCCUUCUUCAGAUGCUAUCUCUCGCCGAGCUCCGUGGUAUCACUUUCCCAAUGCUUAAGGUCCACACUUUGAUUGUUGAAACAAUGAUUGUUCGAUCUGCUAUUCCCGGUAUAACAAGGUUACUACAAAAUUCACCUGUACUAACGAAGCUAAUAGCACAGGCAACGUGUAGCGGCAACAUAAACGAUCACACUCUUGACUACUAUUUGGGAGUACUAGGUUUGAAUCCAGAUCAAUGCUGGAGAUCAGAAUAUAUUCACAACUUUCCUACCUCAGAGGGAAUCUUUUCGAUGGUGCGUUGCGAGAAUGCAGCGUCGAAACUCUUCACUUCGUUCAUGGAAUUGGUACUGAGAAACUCAAAGACACUAGAGACGAUGGUUAUACGAUUUAGACCUACUCCUGCCCUUGCCUUAGAAUGCUUUGCUCAACUGCUUCAGAUGCCUCCAACACUUCCUCACAACGAUAAUGUAUCCAUUGUACUCAACCCAAGCAAUCACUCAUUAAUUGCAUCAGUGUCUUUGUCUUGA